UUUCCUAUCUAUUCGUUCAGCCCUAUCUAUUCGUGAACAAUCUUCACGCGAAAUUUGCCGCAAUCCGAACGGUCGCGCGUGCCCGGUUUCUAUACAAGUUUUGACAGGAGAUAUUUUGCUCCCCAGAUAUGUGAAAAAUGCGAACUAAAAACCCCACUCCAUCCAGAUAUCAUGGCAAGUAUAGAAACUAUACAAAAGAUAACAUUCUAAAGGCUUACUAUGAAGUAAAGAAUCAUAGAUCGUCUCUGCGCAAGGCGGCGAGGGAAUAUGGUGUCCCCUACCAGACAUUGAGGGACAGAGUCUCUGGCAAGGUUGAUCCUGAAGAUUUUGCGAGGGAAACCGUACUUGAGACAGAAGAGGAACUGGGGCUGGUAGAACAUGCGGAACAAUGUGCAAGAUUGGGAUACGGGUAUUCAAAUAUGGAAAUGAAAAAACUUGCCGGCGAACUGGCGUUCAAGCUUGGAAGAAGGAAAAGAGACAAACCCCUAAGUAACUGUUGGCUUUAUGGUUUCUUGGGACGUUGGAGAGAAAGGCUUUCAACACUAAAGCCAUCUGCUCUGGAUUCCAACAGAGCGAAAAAUACAACCCCAGAGGCCGUUCAGACAUACUUUCACAAUCUUAAGAAUACCAUUGACACCCUACAUCUUGAAAACAGGCCAGACCUGAUAUUUAAUAUGGACGAGACUGGCAUAAGUCCAGAGCACAGACCGCCAAAUAUUAUUGCCCCUUCCAAUGAAAAACCACAUUCAGUAACGUCCCCACGAUCAACAACGACGACCCUCAUAGCAUGUGCCAACGCAGCUGGAAGCAACAUACCUCCCUACUUUGUUUUUAAAGGUGAGGUUGACGUGACCCCAGCGUUUCCGCAGCUCACAAAAAGUCCACAGCCCUCUACAAGUGGGUUAAAUGUCAUUCACGUAAAUGACAUUCACAUAAAUGACAGCGACAACUCAACUGAUUCAGAAGGGGAAAGCGAGGUCUGCUGCAAGCCUCAUCACUGUCACUGUUGUUACUGGAACAGUCCACUGCUCUGUCAACACAAGAUGGGCCUGCUACUGGACUAG